AUUCAUUAUAUUUUUCUGUUUAUAUUCUUUUGCACCCUCUCAUUUCUUGUCCUGUUUUUUCACACCCCAUAAUAUAAUAUACUAUAACCAUUCAACUUCAGCACACACUGCUUCUUCCUCAGUCUCUCAAGUAAUCCAUAGAAAUGGAAGCACAUGCAGGAGCCAACCAAAGGAUUGCAAGAAUCUCUGCUCAUCUUCACCCUUCAAAUUUCCAGGAAGGAGGUGAUGUUGUAAUUGACAGAGCUAACUGCAGAGCCAAAGGUGGGGCACCUGGAUUCAAAGUAGCAGUAUUGGGGGCUGCUGGUGGAAUUGGUCAAUCCCUUUCUUUGCUGUUGAAGAUGAACCCACUGGUUUCAGUUCUUCAUCUUUACGAUGUUGUCAACACCCCUGGUGUCACAGCUGAUGUUAGUCACAUGGACACUGGUGCUGUGGUUCGUGGCUUUUUGGGGCAACCACAACUUGAGAAUGCACUCACAGGCAUGGACUUGGUAGUUAUACCUGCUGGUGUGCCAAGGAAACCUGGAAUGACCAGGGACGACUUAUUUAAGAUAAAUGCUGGAAUUGUGAGAACCCUUUGCGAAGGAAUUGCCAAAUGUUGCCCCAAUGCGAUUGUCAACUUGAUUAGCAAUCCAGUGAAUUCCACUGUGCCAAUUGCUGCUGAGGUCUUCAAGAAAGCUGGUACAUAUGAUCCAAAGCGACUUUUAGGAGUUACAGCCCUCGAUGUUGUGAGGGCAAAUACUUUUGUGGCAGAGGUACUUGGUGUUGAUCCAAGAGACGUUGAUGUUCCAGUUGUAGGAGGUCAUGCAGGAGUCACAAUAUUGCCUCUUUUGUCACAGGUUAAGCCUCCCAGUAGCUUCACUGCAGAAGAAACCGAAUACCUGACAAAUCGCAUUCAAAAUGGUGGAACAGAAGUUGUUGAGGCUAAAGCUGGGGCUGGUUCUGCAACACUAUCAAUGGCAUAUGCAGCUGCUAAGUUUGCUAACUCAUGCCUCCAUGGUUUGAAAGGAGAAGCUGGAGUGAUUGAGUGUGCUUAUGUUGAUUCUCAGGUUACGGAACUUCCUUUCUUUGCAACCAAGGUUCGUCUUGGUCGUGCUGGAGCAGAAGAAAUAUUUCCACUGGGUCCCCUCAAUGAGUAUGAGAGGAUUGGGUUGGAAAAAGCUAAGAGAGAGUUGGCAGGAAGCAUCCAGAAGGGAGUAGAGUUCAUUAAAAAAUAAGUCAGAUAAGGAAAAAAAUAGUUUUGUUUUGUCUCUUAUCUAUAUCUGUAAUAAACUUGUGUAAUAAUUCCCUCUGUUUAUAGUAUAUCUUUCUUAAGAACAGUACUCUAAAAUUUUUGUGUUAUCCAUAGCUUAGCUGUUGAUGUAACGGAUAUGACAUCAGUAAAACCUUGUAAUAUAUUCUGAAAGUGAAAGGCGUUACAACGUCGGCCAUUUUACUAUUUCCAGAUCAAA